AUGUUGCUUAUAUUGGGCCUUAUUUGUUUGCUUCCGUUAACGGGUAAUUACCUCUGACCUGGUUGCAAUUUUAGCUUUAAUGCUCCAAGCCUAGUUAUAUUACAAGUUAUCUUCUCAUGAUUAUCAUUGUUAUAAUCAGCAGUAUGCUUGAUCAUCAGUGCAUAAACGGCCAUUUAUUGUCUCUCGUUCUGGUGAAUCCUUCCUGAUCAGAGAUCGCAAGGCGUUACAUAAAUAUGACACAAGGGUUCGAUUACAUGUAGCAUCUUUAAAUGACUCUCGUGUUUUUGACUGUUAGGUCUAGGUAUACUGUGUCUACGCGACUUGGUGCAUGCUUAUAACGUGGCCCAGGAAAGGCCAGUUGAUAGAUUGCUAAAUACGUUUCGUCAAGGAGAGCUCCGUAACUAUAACUGGAGUUAUUUAGUUGUAGUGCAAAUUCUGCCGCUAUAUCCGGACAAGUGUUAACUUUUUGUCAAACAUCAAGGCAAAGUCAUGAUUAUUUCCCAUUUCGUCGACCCUGAUGGCAUACGGUAACACUUUAGCAAGAAAAUUAGAUCAAAGUCAGUCUAAGUAUCAUAAAAAUAGAAUGCUGAAGGAGUUGCGCCUUGCGGUUACAAUUGAAAUGCACUAGACGUUUAUUUUAUAUUUACUGAAGUCAUCGUAGUCCUUGCAACAAAUGACGGUUUACUUGCUAUUAGGUAAAGACCUAUCAAGCAUCAAAUUUUCUGCGCUUAUUUCUGAUACGUUAGGUAAAAAUGAUUUUUUAAUUUGAUGCCUACAUACCGCAAGACGCUUUUAACAUCACCUUUGCAAAUAGCAUUACAAAAACUUAUGUCUGCCACUAGCGUUUUUCAGCCAACCUUUGAGCGGCUUCAGUUCGACUAAUAAAACUGAUUAGUCACACAUCUAACUGGGUCUGCGGGCCUAAUAACAACGUUAUAAUAAAGGAGUACACUUCCAUUUUAGCCAAAGCCGGAAACGAGUUGGAUACAAAUAUCAUCACGGCAACUGGACAAUGUCAGCCGUUUGGUGUUCGUCUUCCGUAUGCUCCAACAGUGCGUUUAACAAACAUUCGCGUGACAUGUUACACAGAAAUGGAAAUAAUCAAUGCUUCAUUUAAAAUGGCCUGCAAACUUUAGAUUACUUAAAGUUACGGCCAAUAUCAUCACGAAAAACCGCACAAACUAGAAGAUCAAAUUAAAACAAUUCAAACAGUGCGAUUAAUGUCAAUUGACCAAGUCUGAUUGAAGUAUCCUAUUAUGCUUUGUUGAAAAAAUUCCUUACAACGGACAGUGCGUUUUUCAUUAGGUUUUUAUUAGGUGUUUUCAAAACCAAGUGGUCGACGAUGGACUGACGUUCACUAACAAAUAUUAAGAAGCUUCCUAGAAAUGGCUUCACAACCUUUUUAAGCUUACGAAUCAGGAGGACAGAAUUUCGAUUCGCAUGCAGAAUUAAUUACUUAAAAUUAAAUAUAUUUUAUGGACGGCCUAAUUCUCCUACCACGCUCACAUUCGUUUUUUGCCUCCUCCGUUUAGAUGUUCAUUUUAGAUUUCGAGAACUUUUACUUUGAGGACAGUUUCUGCUACUCAGCCACUGACUGGAACAAGUACAUGCAGUGCGCGCUGGAACAAGGUAGAUUUGUUACGGAUUGGAUUUUGGAGUAUGAAAAAGCUAACUUAAGUGUUCCACUCUAAGACCAGUUGUGUCGUUCCUUGCAAAAGCAGCCCGAGAAAAAAGUCCCGCAGAAUUUUCAAAUUCUCUGAGCCCGAGGGCACAAGACAGAACAAAUGAAAGGGUGCAAUUGUAAACAAAGACAGCGUAAAGCAAGUAGUGCUCUUGUAAGGGCGUUUUUCGCGCUGCCCUUUUCAGUGCUCGUUUCUGAACCAAGAGAUAAUCGCCUAUUAGAAAUAAAAUCUGCAAAUAAUUGAUCGUAGAGUUAACUGUUAAAUGAAUCAUCAAAUUAUACGGACUGUCUUAUGCGCCUGACUUUCGACAUGUAGAAAGAUGCAUAUAAAGUUUCGUUUAGAUCCUACGAUAUUGCUAAUUCCGUUUGAGACUGGCAAACCUGCACGUGCUUUAUUUAACCUGUAACGCUGUCAAGCAAAUUUAAGUACCUCAAUAUCUGCCACACUACCCUGUAAUUCUAUCCACAAAAAUAAAUGCCAACUUCACCUCCUUUAAGAUGGCUCUGGAUAUAUUGCAAACCUUACGGUCUGUGAUCCCCAGAAUCACAUACGACUCAGUUGGCGGAUGCCCCAAUUCUUUGAACUCGUCAGUAUGUCCUACAUAACUCAAUUCUUCAUGCCCAACGGUGUAUGGGAGAAAAAGAGCGAAUGUACGUUUUGGGUAAUUUUAUAGGUAUUAAUUUACUUCUUUUGGCCGUUCGCUUCCUCCUAAGCUCUGAGUUUUUAUCACUGUAGACUGCCUGCAACCAAAUUACUCCACUCCGCUGAUUCGAGCUGACCUCAAAGCCGACUCCGAAGAAAUCAAGUGUGUCAUCUACCUGCCGUCUUGUUACUACAGUGAAUAUGUGAGCCACAUAAUGUUUUCGUCAGUAUUCCAGUCAGAAUGUCUAAUAGAAUCCACCGGUUAGCGUGUAUCUGUGCAAAGGAUUUGAAAUUCGAUGCAGACCUUAUACCAAAAUUUUUGGAUAUUAGUAUUACCUACGAAAUUUGCAUCUAUGAUACGGUAGGAGAAUUAUGGACCUAAAAUUAGCAUCUUCUUACUAAAUAGUCCAUUGCGAAGAGGGGAGCUGUGAACGGUUCAAUCUAAAAAUCCAUUUAUAAAAUCAAAUUUGCGUGAAUCUUGCAUAUUUUCUUACUAUUGAGUUUAUUCAGUUUGCUCUUUUUGUAGUAUUUUCUCACUUCCACUUUGGCAGAUCACAACUUGAUGUAACAAAACAAGACUAUGUUUUCAUAAUCAUGCGCAAACAUGCAUAACGCUCUUAGAGCCUUCGCCUGUAAGAGACGAAAAAAGACCUUUAAGUUAUCUUGAUUGAGGGUUGAAAUUUCUACAUCUUUCUUAGGUAAGCAGUUUUCCUUUGACCUACAUAACAUGUGUGAUCAAAGCUGGCUUUCGGUUUUGGAUGUUUUUGAAAUACUUCAGGUCUCCCUUUUGGCGAUUAAACCGGCGAUUCAUAGUUUGAUUAAAUAUAAGCCAUUUGCCACAAUUUCGACUAUUGCAUGCUGUAGCCCAUGAACUGCAAAGUCACAUAAAACGUUUUUCGAUCUAAGCAUCCGUGAUAUUAAUCUAACUUUUAUUUUUCGUAGAUUCAAAUUAGCGGACUUCACGAAAGUUAUUGUGGCGGAUAUAACCCGACCAAAGCUUGCAGUAAGCGGUUAAAUAUUGUAUUUUGAAGCGUGCGCAUUGAACGCCGUAUUUAAAGAGUUAGGACUACUUUUUAGAGAUACGGUUCGGAAAUUCGUAUCCUCAAGUUAGUAAUUAUGUUCUUGAGGAAGAUGACUUAACCUUGUUUUCUUAAAAGAAAUCAAUACAUUUAUUUUGCUAAUCUCAGUCAACAAUGUUUGUGACCCUAAUCCUCGUUUACCUUGAUUUAUGUUUCGGGAUUUCCUCUAUUAUUGAUAACGCAAUAAAUCAGUUGGGGCACACAUAUGUACUCAUAUAUGUAGCGCUGCACACAGGCAGAAAAUGUAAACUUAAAAUACCGCCAAAAGACGACGGAUGUAAGUUGACCAUUUCUGAUUUUUGAAACGUUGACAGUCAUUUAUACACAAGCCCUGGUUUAAGUAACCUCAGAUUCGGAAUCUGAAUAUCUAGGCAUUUAAGUCGGACGCUCAAACAUUUAAAUAAUAUAAACAUAAACAGUAGAUGUGCUAACUCAUGAAAUGUUAAUCGAAAUUCUGGAAUGUGUUUUCGAUUCGAAGAUAUUUCUUAAGUGGCAUUGCAAUAUAAUCCCAUGGAUAAUUCAGUUACUUCAGUAUGCUGGCUUUUGAAUUAUCUUUCGUCCGGCGGCCUGCAAAAACUGAACUCUGUAAAAAAUCAUAUAAAUUUAGAUGUAUUUUAGUGAAAGCCCACAUUAAAAUAUUCAUAUUUUUACUAAUUUAGUAACAAUUUACGCCCUCUUAAAAUUAAAUGCUUGAAAAAGAGUAUAACUUGAUCUUAAAACACUGUUCCAAUUUAUCAUUGAAGACCUAUUGUAAACUAUACACAGAGCAUUAGAAUUUGUUUAUACACGAUGUUUCAUGAAUUGGAAUUUCACGGUUUUACACUAUUUCAUAAGCAGAAACGUUUUAAAACCAAAUUGUAAACCUCUUUCAAGCAGAAAGUUCAAAGAAGACGUUAUUUUCUACACACAGUAGUGGGAAAAUAAAUAUUUUAUGCAUUUUUUCUAUUAAAUAUAUUUGCUUUUAAGACUUUGAAAAUCAAUCAGAAAAUUCAUACUAUUUGUGUAAUCAUUUUUUAAAAAUGCAAUUUUUGCAGGCAGCCGGAAAGAAUUUCAUUUCAAAGCUCGCAUCCUAAAAUAUCGGAAUUAUUAUGAGAUUAUUUUGCUUAGUGAAUAAUGUUCCAAUGCUACCUGAGUAAUCUUUUCGAAGCGAAAACGCAUUCUCGAAUUUCGGUUAACACUUAAUGAGUUAACACACUUACUGUAUAUGCAUAUAUGAAGAAAAAUAUGCAUGUUAUGAAAUCACACUAGAUAGGGGUUGACGACGAGUUGCAGAACAAAAUCAGUUUUAUUGCGCGAAUUUUCCUUACUGAUUUUGCAGCUUUCCUUCAGACAUACAAAUCAUUUGUAAAAAAAACAAACGUUACGAUCAAAACUAACUGAGAAUUCUCUGGUUGGUCAAAGUUCGCGCUUAUAUGCAGCUUCUGCAGUCGGUCAGCACAGUAAAAUACCCAUAUCCCGGUUGCAGUCUACUAGCGCUUAACAUAUUUUAAAACUUAAACUCAAACAUUUGUCUACCACGGGUAUAACAAUGUUAAUUUGUUGGUUUAAUGCAGUUAUAUCUGACGACCCUUUGCCCUGGACGGGAUUGUAAACCGCACUAGAAUCGCUUGUUAGACAUACGUUUUACGUCGUAUAACAGGGAACAGUAUACAUUAAACAAGUUAGUUAUGAAUACACCAACAGAAGGAAUUGUAGCUCAAGCUUUUGUUUAACAGGCUACUGCAAUGAACCUUCCGCGGUGGCUGUGAAGAAACGUGGGAGCGCAGCCUGCGAUUCUGGCGGCUGUUAUAACAUAAAUAGCGGCUGUCCAAAUAGCUUUAGGAGGCAGAAGUUCACAACCGUUCCACCACCUUCAAAGCGCACAGAGUUGAUGUGGAGUUAUUAGGUGCAUGCAUUGUCUAACUUUUUUUUGCGUUAACAUUAGGUCGUCGCGAACUGGGCAACAACCUGAUUGAAUUUUCAACAACUGUUGCACACAAUCGGCUCAAUGAAACUCAGUAUGUCUUCUGCACAACCAACCGGGACACGCUCUCGAUUCAACUCACAUGGCCCGUUGAGGGUAUGGCAUAAAAACCAUUUUUCGUCAUGCAUGAAUAAAAGAAGUGAGAAAAGGUAGAGUGCAGGACCCAAACUGGCCUGUGGACCGUUUUGGGAACGAUCGUAACGUGGGAUCCUAAACCCUAUCAGGUAACAAUCGGGAGAUGGCACCCAAAAAAAUUCGUUAACUAGAAAUAAUACCUUGAACAGUGGACUCAAACGCCUUCAGGCUAUAUCAGCGGUUGCAGGCCUACUUUCACGCACUACUUGGACAUUCCGCGACGGCCUAACAUGGGCUGGCCGAACGAACAUCGCAGGAGGUUACAUGGACGAUGGUUGCUGUUACCCAACCUUCCCCAUCGGUACACACGUACACCUGAAUAUACGGCAUACAUUCGCAUUAUGACAGUUUAUUACAAAACAAAAUCACUUUUAAAUAGGAUAAGUCUGCGCAACAUGGGACAGGAUCAGUUCCCAGGCAUCCGUCAAAGACAUGUCAUUGAGGCUAAACCAAAGCGAUACUGUUCUUCGUCUAUGUGAGCCCACACAGCUCUACCACAUACAGGGUCUCCCUCGUGGAGUUUCCUUUUCGGUCUAUUCUAGUUUGCCUCAAUGGUAUUGGUGUGCCGUCCGGUGGUAGGGUCCUUGAAGUUCUCUGACUGGUUUACAGAUUAAUGUAGAUAACCUUCUGAGGGAAGACGAUUAUACGCCCUUCACUCGUCCGUUACCACUAUACUGCCUUUGGCGACCCAUUUUGUAAUAACGGAACGGAGAGCGGGCCAACUUCGAUAAUUAACCUAUUCAAAUAAGGCUUUUCGUCGACUAGUAUCCUACAUCCCGAUCAGCCACCACCCAUAAAACCCCUAUUACCACCUGUCCCGUAAGACAGGCUGCUUUGAUUUAGGCGGAUUUUUUGGGUGCCAUCUCCCGAUUGUUACCCCCUAGCGUUAUCGUUUCUUUAAUUCUUGACUGAAUGCAGACCUAUAAGCGGUAGGUAGUUUAAAUUCGGUUCAUUUAUGAAAAUUGCGCUUACUUCCGUUGACAUAUGGCAGCGUAAGAUAAGACUUUCGAUGGAAAUUUAGUUAUUCUCCCGCCUUUUGCCCGUCCGGGGAAACCCCCUCAACAAAUAUUUCCAUAUGACCCGGUCUACAGAUUGUCUCACGUUAGUUUGCCUGGUACACUCUACUGUCACUCAAAAUGCUUGAGUAGCAGUCGUGGGAGAGUAACUGCAGGCAGUUUAAUGGCCGGUAGUUUCCUCCGCAAACUAUGCGGAUAUUGCUUCUGUCAUUUUCAAAAGCAUGUGCAAAAACCAACGACCAGAGUUCACUUUGUCGAUGCCAGCAAGAGAAUUCUAACCGAGUUAUGCUGCCUGUUCUACGCACGCAUAUUUUUUUUAUUAAAGUAAUCAUUACGCAAACGGUAUAAGUCUUUCUAUUAUAGUAUCUCCAAGUAAAAUGGCACGAACGUUACAAAAAAGCGGGCGGUGCAUAUUUAGGACGCUAACUUGUUCCCAUGCAAGAGAAUUUAGACCGCAGAAUUUCGAAUACAAACUUCUUUGGAGUGCCUUCACAUUUCUACGCAUUUAAGGCGAUGGUGCGCAGAACUCAUAAAGGUUUUGUUGCGUGUCAAAAUUUUAGAGACCACACUCACUCCAACGACCGGAGCAACCGAAAAGCAGACGUCAUCCCUGACAGUUGCAGAGGGUAAGACAUGUGUUCGUGUUACUUUGAAAUGA